CAAUAGGAAAUACACUCACCAAAGAAUCGCUGCUGUCACUUGGCUGUGGCUUGCUCUUUCAGUCAUUCUCACUCUCGCUCGCUUUGCCACACAUAUGUUUCAGUCUAGCCGGUGAAAUGUGCGAGAGUAAAAAUCUUGGAGAACAAUUUGUGCCUUUCUGGAACAGGUUGAUGGACCCACAAUGUGUGUGAGACAUGACCAACAAGGCCGCCUGGGAUAACUCGAGCAGUACGUACAGCAUGGAGCCAACAGCUGGCUGCUCCCCCACAGUUCCAGAGCCAGAGCUCUACCGCAGUGUCCAGGCUGUGCUGCCCAGAGACACAGAUAAGCAGCACCCACCAGACUAUGCCAACAAAGGAAUGCUGAGAUGGACACUUCAUAAAAAGGUUCAAAACAAUCCCGUCAACAGCCUGUCUCUGGUGUGGGUACUGAUUAAAGAGCUGGAAAAGGCUGAGAGAUUGGACUCUCGCAGAUUCAUCAUCCCUUUGCUCCACACACUGAUGUAUACCAUCUUUCAGACAGCCUACAUUCCAGAUGAACUGUACAAGCGGGUGUACGACUUUUGCAAGAGACUACUGACUUACCCUCAUCCGUACUGCACUGUAGGCCUCAGCUACACAAGACAAAUAAAAACUGAACGCUUCAUUCCAGGUCUGAUGUAUCAGAGGAUGGUCACAGCUGAGCAGAGACUAAAAAAUGAGCACUAUCCCUUCCAGGAGAGGGUUUUUGUUUUGGCUGACCCAGAGGUCUUCCAUGGUUCCUUGAUACUUGACCUGGUGAAUGAUUUUGAGGCGUCUGCUUCAGCUUCAGGUGGAUUUCUAAAUCCAUCAGAUCACAUGCGCAGUGUGAUCCAACACUCCAUACAGGCAGCUUUAGGAGCGGAUCAGUGCCAUGGGCCAAAACUGGCUCGGGCACUGAAGGAUUUGGGUGAAGACAUUGAGCCACACUUUCAGGAAGUGUUGGCGAUUCUAGAGCAGAGCGUGGAGGAGGGCGGCAGAGCGGAGAGGGGAGCGCUGAAGAGCCGUCUUCACCGACUGUACAGCGACAUUGUUACUGACACACACUCAGAGCCAUUGUCUGGUGCACCACUGUGUGACUGCCCUCUUCCUAACCCAGAGAUGAGCCUCCACCUGUGGACAGAGGAUCUGAAUAUAUGGCAUGAGCUGGCCAAGUGGUUUCGAUCCAGGUCCGUGUCAGAGAAUUUCUCCAUCAGCCAGGAGCAGGAGGACUUUGAGCUGGAAGAACCGCUUAGCGACCGAGACAUGACUCGCCUCUCCGUUAUGUCCAGCGACAGUGGUAUUGAAAAGGACCUGCCCCCCGGUGCUGAUCCACCCCCAUCGUCAUCCCCGGACACCGCAAGCAUGAGUGAAUCAGGGGAACAAUGCAAAACUGAGCAAGACCCCAUGCUGUCACGGCGUGGAGGCAUCAAGAUGAAAUCAUCUGUAAAGGACAGUAUGAUGCUGAUACAGGACAUGAUGCGUGGCCAUGUAAGCCUCAGAGCAGGAGGAGGAGAAAGUGGAAGAAGAAAAGGGGCCACUCUGCAGAGGCGCGAUGGAAGCACUGAAAUGCAUAAUCCUUUUCCUAAGCAACAGAGACACUUCACUGCCAGGAUAGUCGCCAUGGGGGAUGACAGGAUACUGGGCCGCCUGGCCAGUGCCUACUACUUACUGAGGAAAAGGGAAGCACGAAGGCUUUUUCUUACAAUGAAAGUCAACCUCCAGUUUUACUACAUCCCUGUUUUCACGGCUCCAACUCCUGUCUCUUCAGUCAAGGAAAACCUCCAUCUAUCCUGUGGGGAUCCCUGUGCUCUUGGUUCCUAUUUGAGCAAUGUGGACCCAUGGUACAACUGUAACAUCAAGAGUUUGGGCUGCAUGAUUCCCAAGCUGGCUAAGAUGCUGAAACAAAACCCUGGAAGGCCAACAGACCCCUUCAUCUCUGAUGUCAUUUCCUACUACGUCCGUAGUGGCCAACAGCCUGUCUACUUUACCAUCUACUUUGUUAAGAUCACAUACCCAGAAGCGAUCAGAAAGGACCCUGAGGAAACUGUGUUCCUUACCCAUCUGGAUGUGGACUUUUCUGAAUUCCGACAUAUCUCAGCGUUAGUUAGAGAUAAACAGAAGAAGUGUUCGGGGGAGGUAUGCGGCGCUGUUGUGUCAAUGACUUACACAAAGGUGACAUUAAGCGGCCGAGACGUUGACAAAGGAAUGUCAGUCAGGAUGACAGGUGCUCAAAUCAGCGCCAUUCCAUCUAGCGAAGCAGAAGAUCUGAACUGUUUGACACUGACAUUAAACGAAUCUUCAACAAAAACGAAAAACAACAUCAUGGAGUCAAAGAUUCGAACCAGCAAGGUCAAGAUUCGCUCUUUGGAGAGUCACUCUUUCACUGUUACACUGGACAGAGAUUGUCGCAGAACCUACGAAAAUGUGCAGAGCAUCGAGAUCACCCCUUGCCUGGAUCCUGGAUACUGCGCGCAGAAAACCAGGUCCAAAUAUAAGCUGGGAGACGACAAAGAUGCUGGACUUAGCAAAUACAUGUGCAAAGAACUUCCUCUACCAAUCAACACAUUUGCUGGCAUCAUCAACUGAGACACUUGAUAGCAGGAAUGGAAGGACAUUGUCUUGGUCAUUAAAAUAGAAGUCUGAUCUGACACACCUUUGACCUAAAAUGAGCUGCUUCUGAAACCAAAACGUUCCAUUUCUGUGGGUGAGGACUGACUGGCACGUAUGUACACACAGCACUAGUAUCACUAGUACUAGUAUUGAUAGAAUAACCUGUGGGCUGCCCUAACAGUGACAGGAACAAAAAUUUAUUACAAAAAAACCUAAAAAAUGUAUUACACUGCAGGCUAUAAUUGAACUUCAGCAGUGUUGCCUGCUGUGCAAACUGUAAGACAGGCAGUCACCAUAUACAGACUGGAAUAAUGCCAAAGAACAGCGCAGCCUUUGAACCUGGACAGACCAGCAGGGAAAAUCAAGCAAGCAAAGGUAUUAACCGCCAUACAUAAAAGACUACAUGACUGCUGACAUUUGGAUCAGUAAUCGUGACAAUAAAAUAGAAAUCUGGUAAAUUCACUUUACAAAGUGAAUUAGGUCUGAAGGGUUGAUUGUAACAGUUACUCUACUGCAUAGACACACUACUUUUUACCUCCUUCUUCGGCUAACACCCACAGAGUACACACACCAACAAAUGCAGAUACAUAGCCUCACUUGACCCAUCAGCUAGUGAAACAUAUUUGAAGUACUGGUACGAUGACGGCUGACAUGCAUUGUUGCUUUUGUUUCAGGUGUACCAAUCAGAUAACUUGUUAUUCUUAUACCUUUUACAUAAAGUAAGCUGAUUUGAAAUUGAAAAAUGAUUGACGGUGACCUUGGAGUUAGUCUUCGGGAACAUUCCAGAACUUUACUUUAAGCACCCUAUGCACCGCGUAGCAAUUAGAACUAUGUGUGAUGUGAGCAACAGAAAGUAGCUGUUAGACUGCUGACUGAUUGUCUUUAGAGCCGCCAGCCAGAGGUACAAGUUUCUGUGCUGCAUGAUUUCUAAUGUACAAGAGAAACAGCUAAGCUUGGGGGCACUCGAAAGUAAAAGUUGCACACAUCAGGAAAUGUCUCAAAUGUGUCAGCUUUGAGGUGUGAAAAUCGCCUCUGAUUCCCGUCCACUCACCAUGUUGUGUUAGAUGAUGCAGCAGUGUGUUCAAGGGGAUCUAUUUGCACUAACACACGCAUCGUUUAGAAUUUCAGCUGCGGCUGUUCAGCAGCUUUGUGUAAAGCAUGUGAUAUGACUUAUGGCUACAUUCGCAUUAAUGUUUUUACUGUAUGUGUCAUAAUUAUGGAAGCAUCCCCAUGUUUUAUAGUCAUCAUAUGAUAUUCUGUAAGUCAUAGAGGUCUGCUGAAGAUCUGACGCAACUACUGAGUCAGUUGUUUUUGAUGGAACACAUUUGCAUUAUGUUACCCAUCCAACAACAGCUUACUUUGAUGAGUCUCUACACGUGUGAGCCUCAGGAACAGGAAGUGACAUUUUAAUCAGGUGCAUGAAAUCAUGUGAGGGUGUGUUUCUGUCAGUGUGCUGGCCUUCCGGGGUGAAAUCAUGAAUUUGAAAUUCAUGAUAUAUUUUGCACAUUUAUUUUCUUUGGUGUCAUAUAUGAAGGAUGCCAUUCUAAAUCAAAAUGUAAUUGUGUAAAUAAAUUGUUUUGUACAGCA